AUGAACAUUCUCGAGCACAUGAAUGCCGAAGGCCAUGAACAGGUGGCGAUGUUCUCCGACCCCGCUUCGGGCCUGAAGGCGAUAAUCGCCGUCCACGAUACAACCCUGGGUCCGGCAUGCGGCGGAACCAGGAUGUGGCCCUACGAGAGCGAGGCCGAGGCGCUGACGGACGCAUUGCGCCUCUCCCAGGCCAUGACCUACAAAUCCGCUGCGGCUGGGCUGCAUUUCGGUGGUGGCAAGGGCGUCAUCAUUGGCGACCCGCACAAGGUCAAGUCCGAGGCCUUGAUGCGUGCCUACGGACGGUCCGUCGAUACGCUGGGCGGACGUUAUCUCACAACUACCGACGUCGGCACGACGGCACGCGACCUCGAGUUCAUGAGGCAGGAGACCAGGCACGUAACCGGCCUCCCUGUCAGCCUCGGAGGCAGCGGCGACACUUCCAUAAUGACCGGACUCGGCCUGUACAUGGGAAUGAAGGCGUGUGCAGAGGAGGUGUGGGGCAACGGCGGCCUGCGUGGCAAGACCGUGGCCGUUCAGGGGUUCGGCAAGGUCGCCAGCCAUCUGUGCGAGCACCUGAUGGAGGAGGACACCCGCAUAGUCGUCACCGACGUAUUUGAGGAUGCCCUCGACCGCGCCCGAGACUGGGGCCUGGAAGUGACGUCGCCCAAUAGCAUCAUGACCACCGACUGCGACAUCUUUGCUCCCUGCGCCCUGGGAGGUGUUCUGAAUUCGCAGACAAUCCCCCAGUUGAAGUGCCGAGUGGUGGCUGGCGGGGCCAACAACCAGUUGCUCAGCGAUGACGAUGGUGAGGAGUUGCAUCGCCGUGGCAUCCUGUACGCCCCGGACUACAUCAUCAACGCAGGCGGCAUCAUCAACGUCGAGGCCGAGAUGGGCGAUGCAGGUUACAGCCCAGAGCGGGCGCGCGAGAAGACGGAGCGAAUCCACGAGAUCAUGGGCAGCGUCAUCCGGACCUCUCAGGCCGAGGAGAUCUCCACCGCAGUCGCUGCGGCCCAUCUGGCAGAGGAGCGCCUCGACAGCGUACGCCGCAUCCGUUCCAUGCGACGGAGCUGCCAGUAACACUGACUUGGAGGCCCGAGGCUCCGCCUGCUUGGGGCAGCCAUUGGUAACUAUCUCACGACGUGGCGAGACACCCUACAGGGAUUCCCGCCAAAGCGGGAAUCCCUGGCCCCAUUGGACAAAUGGCGGGAAUUAAAUGAAAUCAGUGCGGCUUGAGCCAGUUGCUUGGCGACACUUGAAGCUAUCCCACUUCAUGUGAAGUGGACAUGCGCAUC